ACACAAGCUUCACUAAAUGACGAAAGUGCGUUUCCUGCCAGACGCUCGUCUCGAAGCUGUCAGCUGACUGUCUCACCAGGAAGCAAAAUUUACACGGUUGAGACCAUGAAGAAAAUCAAGGGCAAAGCAAGUAGUACGACUGAGAAGGAGUUUGUGUUUGAAUUUAAGGCAGGGAAACACAACUGCGUUCUCAAGGUACCUUUGCUGUUUCCUAUUCAGGAGAACAUCAGCGACCUUCAUGGACGUCUGAUGCUGCUCCAUAAAAUACCAUGCUAUGUAGAAAAAGAGCUGAAAGUGUCACUGUCCGACUUCAUUGAGAAAGAGACCAUUUUGGAAUACGACAGAGAGGCAGAACUGGCCCUGCAAAGACUCGCAAUGGGACAUGUUGAUGUGAAUCAGCUCGCCAACGCGUGGACCAGUGCCUAUGUAGAGACCACGUUAGAGCAUGCUCGACCCGAGGAGCCCAGCUGGGAUGAGGACUUUGCGGAUGUUUACCACGAGUUGAUCCAUUCGCCUGCCUCGGAUACGCUUCUCAACCUGGAGCACAAUUACUUUGUCCGUAUCUCCGAGCUUAUCAGUGAGAGAGAUAUGGAGCUCAAGAAGAUACAAGAGAGACAAGCUGCAGAAAUGGAUAAAGUGAUGCAUGAGUUGGGGAAUACGCUAAGUGACCAUGAUGUGAAUGCAGUAGCGUCCCAACACUUUGAUGCACAGCAGGUCCUGGAGAACAAGUGGGUCACUGAACUGGAGCAAGUGACAUGUAUUCAAAAGCAAGAAUAUCAAGACUGGGUCAUUAAACUACACCAGGACCUGCAGAAAUCCAACAACAGCAGCCAAAUUAAUGAGGAAAUUAAGGUACAGUCUAGCCAGCUGUCAGAAUCUUCAGAUUCUGGAGACCAGAUGUUUGAGGAGCAGCCUCAAAUGGAAGAAAGCUUCACUAUUCAUCUAGGAGCACAACUGAAGACGAUGCAUAACCUGCGACUGGUUCGGGCAGAUGUGUUGGACUUUUGUAAGCACCGACGUCAUGGCAGCAGCGGAGCAAAGCUGCGACGCCUCCAAACGGCACUUUCGCUCUAUUCGUCUUCACUCUGUGGUCUGGUACUGUUGGUCGACAACAGGGUCAACUCCUACAGUGGCAUCAAGAGAGAUUUUGCAACGGUGGCCAAGGAGUGCACAGAUUUUCACUUUCUCAGCCUGGAGGAACAGCUGAAAGAGGUGCAGCAGGUGGUGCUCUAUGCCAGAACCCAGCGGAGCAGCAAGCAAAAAGAUCAACCCGAGCUCCCCAGGAAUGGAAGUGAUGAUAAAAGUAAAAACGUUGAAAGAAAUCCAUCCAAUAUCUUGCCAGGUGAGUUUUACGUCUCGCGGCACUCCAACCUGUCCGACGUCCAUGUCGUCUUCCACCUGUGUGUGGAUGACAACGUGCGCUCAGGGAACAUCACGGCCAGGGACCCGGCCAUCAUGGGCCUGAGGAACAUUCUGAAGGUCUGCUGCACACAUGACGUAACCACCAUCACCGUCCCGCUACUGCUGGUGCAUGACAUGUCGGAGGAAAUGACCAUUCCAUGGUGUUUGAAGAGAGCAGAGCUGGUCUUCAAGUGUGUAAAAGGUACAGUUCUUAAAAAUCUGAUUACAUCUGCAACAUCAACAGAGAUGAGUCAUUACAUGUUUCAUGAUGGAGAUGGCCUCAUGGGAUGGAGGCGUAUCGCGCACGGUACAGUUCCUGGUGCCAAGGAGUAUUUCAGAGGAAAUGUUCUUCCAGUUAAGCAGCAUGCUGCCUCAGAUCUUCCGUGUCUCCUCCACUUUAACGCUCACGUCAAAGCCCUAAUGGGAACAGAUGCACGACACCCUCAAGGUGCAGCACCAGGGAUCAACUGCUUAGCCUUUUUGAAGUUUCUGUUUAUUUUUUUUUUCAUUCUUAAAUUCUGUUGGGGGGAGGUGUGUGAACUUGAGAAUGCCCUUCUCUCUCCACAUGGCGAUCUUAAAGCGCUUACAGAGAGGCGAGGAUCCUUUAGCAGUUUAUUAAGCCUGUUUAUUUGUAUUCUCUUUAAAGCUGCAUAUCUUAGUGAAAGACGACUGGGUCCCGCAGCUCGCAAAGCAGCUGCUGCAAUUAUCAUUUCAACCCUCCAGGGUGCAGCACUGCUGACAGACUUUUAUGACAUCAGCAACAAACCGGGUGCUCAUGUCAUGUCUUCAGAGCUGCUAUCUGGAGCUUACACAUUUUGUUGGAGCCGCUACAGAAUGCUGCAUCGAAUGACAUGUAAAGUAUUAUUGUUUCACCUUUUGCUGGUAGGCACUGUAAAUAGCAUUGCAUGAGCCAUUAAAAAAAAUCAAAUCAACUCAAACACUGAUAUUUGCUAUGAGUAGGGGAAGGCUUGCUGAAGGCAGCUGUCAUACGUGGAUAUACUUGUAAAUAGGUUAAAACCGCUACCCAAUGAUACUAAACAAACAACUGAUGGUGUCUUGGCAGCUACAAUAUGACUAAAGUGACAAUAAGUUGUCGCCAAUAGAAGAAGAAAGAAUGUACGCCGCCAAAUUGAAGUUUAGUCUUCAGAUGAAGCGACUCAGAGGAAAACAUUUAACCUUCUGCAUCAUCACAUUGUUACUACACAAUUUCUUGUUUUAAUGUUGUUUCAUGAACAGCAGUGACAUUUCUUUUUAAACCUGUUGACACUGUCCAAUACAUUUGCAAGGCUGUCAGGUCUCGUAAGAGCCGACAAUAGUUUUUUUUUUGUUUCAUUGUGCAGCGGUCAACCUCUAUUUUGCACUUAUUUGCCAUUUAAGCGUACUGUACUGGUAAUAAAGGUUUUCUGAUGGCUGUGG